CGGUGUCACACUGUUAUGGUUCCCCCGCCGUGUGCAGACUUCACGUGAAGCACGCCGCUAACUGCCAGUCUGUUUUGUAAUUUUCUCAAUUUUUUCAGCUUAAAAUUUUCAACAUGGAUCACACACAAGACCUAGAGCUUUUCCCCGGCCGCAGAGUGACUCAAAUGCUUUUCAAAGAAGUAAAAAAUGCGACAGAGUUGCGACAAAGCGCUGUCGAUGGUCAAAUAAGUGGUGCCUUGAUCAACCCAACAAUGCUGGUGGAUCCUUUACAAGUGCUGGUAGCUGCCAAUAAAGCCGUUCAUUUACAGACAAUAGGAAAAAUGAAGACCAGAAGUCUCUACUCAGAGAUCAUCUUCAACCUGUCGCCUACUAAUAAUAUCUCAGAGGCCUUCAAACGAUUUGGGAUCUCGGAUGGCGAUGAGUCCGUCAUGGUGGUUGUCGUUCACAAGAAAGACGAGGUGCAGCUUCUGUCAGACAUCACAGCCAGAGUGGACGGACGGCAGGUUCCAGUGGAGGAUGUUUCCUCAUUGUCAGACCCUGCAAAGAUCAAAAAGCUGUACAAAAUCGCUCCUCAGGAGGAGAAAUGUGGGAAUCUGCUCGAUGCAGUUGUGUGCAGAAUGGCCACCAAGGACGUCAUGUAGCCCCAUCAAAUAUAAUGAUAGAAGACCAACACAUUCUAAGGGAAGGCUUGCAGUAUUUUUGUCAAAUGGGACAUUAAGAAUGGUUUCUCUGUUUUUUAAUACUCUUAAGUUCAAAGACAAAUGCAAAUAUUGUCCAUCUUGCACUCAAAUCUGUACGCUAGAAGUGAUGCUUUAUAUACACUGAGCUCCCAGCUGAGCAAAAUAUAUCUUAUUUUUCAUAAGUCUUUGCAUGAACUUGUCAUUGUUUCUUCUCAUUUUAUGUGUUUAAAAAAAAAAAAUAAAAAAAUAAAUAAAUAAAUUUUUUUGUCGUGGUAAGACUUUUACACAUGCAGAAAAACUUUGGAGGCAGUCAGGGAAGUUCCUGCAGAGUUCCGACAGCAACUUUUCAUGUUUGUCAUCCUUUGAUCUUUUUCUGUGACAGUUACUUUUGGCUGUGAAAGCUGAAGGUGGGCUCUCAGCUUUUUGACAGUAGGGGGACAGUGAUGUAAAGCUGGUUUCAUGCCAGCAGUGUUGAAUGAUGAAUUCAAAGUGCUUUGGGCCAAAUAUUUUCGAGCUCUCCGAAGGAUUAAAAAAAAAAAAAAAAAAAAAAAAAAAAAAACUCCCACAUCCACAGCACUGACAUGAAAGAUCUCAAAUGAAGUCAAACACUGUCAGCCUCAGAAGACAAGAAUGAUAAAUGUAUCAGUUGUCUAAAACAUUUGACUUUGGACGGGUAUCUGCUACAGCUUUGUUCUUUCAAAUCACUUUAAAUGAGCCGUUUUUCAUCUCAACUUUAAUGAAUGUUAACAUUUGAAAGUAGAAAAUGUCAGAGUAUCGUGCAACUUUGAUGUUUACUUUCAUUCUUGACAGACUCAUUGUUUCAGUUGAUUUUAUUCUGCAUAUUCAGUAUAAUCAAGGGAAUAAUAAAAUAAUCCAGAGGCUGCAUACACUGGAGAAAAGUACA